AUGGGCAAGGUCGAGUUUGACGCCGCAAAGGAGAUUCCUGACCUAUCUUCCAAGGUCAUCCUGAUUACUGGCGGCACCGCAGGGCUUGGGUAUGAAACGGCAGUGUCGUUCGCCGCUCACAAUCCGGAUCGUAUCCUCUUCACCGGCCGGUCCCAGUCAUCUGCGGACAAGCUCAUAGAGGAUGUCAACUCCCGCUUCCCCAACGUCGCUAUCGACUUUGUCAAAUGCGAUCUCGCUUCUCUGGAGACCGUGAGGAGUGCAGCGAAGGAAGUCCUCGCUAAGACGAAGCGGCUCGACCUCGUCUUUGCCAACGCGGGCGUUAUGGCUCUUCCGCCCGGCUUGACAAAAGAUGGCUUCGAGAUACAGUUCGGCACGAACCACAUGGGCAAUGCUCAUAUGGUCAACCUGCUGACGCCCUUAAUGGAGUCAACAGCGAAGCGCAAUGGCGACGUCCGCGUCAUCUGGAACACUUCCCAAGGCUACAUGUUCCAUCCCAAAGGUGGCAUCCUCUUCGACAAAGUCAAGACGACUCAAGAGGACAUCGCUCCGGUGUUGGCGAGUUGGGGCCGGUAUGGACAGAGCAAGCUCGCCAACAUCCUCUACGCCCGAGCAUUCGCGAAACACUACCCUUCGAUCACUUCCGUGGUGAUUCAUCCGGGUAUCUCGGCCACGGGACUGGUGACCAAUCUCAACCUUGCUUCAAAGCUGUUUGUCUACGCCACGACUAUGGGAAACCGGCUCCCACCCGAGCAGUGUGCCUGGAACCAGCAAUGGGCUGCGACGGCUCCACUGGGGACCGGCGACAGACAGGUGGAGAGUGGGGGGUAUUAUGAGCCUGUUGGCGCCAAAGCGAAGCUCCAAGGCGAGUCUGGAAGCGAUGAAUUGGCUGAGAGGCUAUGGAAUUGGACGCACGAGGAGCUGAAGGGGUACAAGCUUUAA